UUUCCAUACUCGUUCUCGAUACUGAUCUCGAGGUUCUUUUUGGCGCGAGGAUUCCGCCCUCGUGAACUUGCUGUACAACGUGACAAUGGCUACGUUGUUUUCAUAUUUUACGAAAUCACCGAAAGUUGGAGCAACAGCUGGGAAAAAGUCAAAUGCAUCCCCUAAAGAGCAAGCAAAAGAAUUGAAAGAGAAGAAUGGCUCAACACCUAUCGGACCGAAAUCUCCGGUUUUUAAUGUGCAAUCUCAUGGAGAGGGAGAAAUCGUUUGGGCGAAAAUGGAAGGUCAUCCCUGGUGGCCAAGUAUGAUAUGCAAACAUCCGAGCACUAGUAAGCUUGAAAAGAAGGUUGGAAAGUUCAUUGAACUCCACGUACAGUUUUUUGGUACACCUCCAAGCAGGGGAUGGAUAAAGAAAAGGGACUUGCAAGGAAUCAAUGAUAGGAAACCUGAUGACAAUGAGGAGGUGAAAAGUGCAUACAAAGAAGCAUUAGAGGCAGUGAAAUUAAAGUCUAAUGAAAGGAUUGAAAAGCUGUAUGCAUGUGCAUCAUCUGAUGAGGAAAUGGAUGAGAAUGACGAGGAGGAUGGAAAAAUUUCAUUUGAAAUAGGGAACUCUGUGGAAAAUAAUGGCGAGGUUAUCAUGUCAGCAGAUGAAGAGGAUGAUGUCAAUCAAAAAGUGCCUAAAAGUGAAAAGAGAAAAAGAACCAGACGAGAUAAUGAAAAAGAACAGAGAAAAAAGGCAAAGAGAGUUAUUGAAUCUGGAUCUGAAUCUGAAGAUGAAUAUAAACCAGAUGGAGAGGAAAGCUCAGAUGAUGGUGCCAGUAGUGGGGUAAAUGAAGAUGAGUUGAGUGGUGUUGAAGCUGAAGAGAUUUCAGAUGAUGAGGAGGAUGGUGGUUCAAAGACAAAGAAAAAGUUAGCAGCUUCAAAGAGUUUUCUAACACCUAUUAGAAGUAAGAAAAAUGGUAAAGAAAAUCUUAACAAUACCGGGACACCAAAAUCUACUUCCCCAUUAAUGGAAAAAGUUGCAAGCUCAGUCAACAGAGCACAGACUGCUCUAGCAAAGUUUUCAGCAGAGCCAUCAAGUCCAGCUCCCGAUAUUGGCACUGGAGAAGUGAGGACAUUUGAUCAUGAGAAAUUACAGUUUUUAAAGGAUGGGCAUAGAAAAGACAAGAAUGGAAAGUUGCAUACCGAUCCAAAUUAUGACAAAAAAACACUCCUUAUUCCAGAUUCAUUUUUGAAAUCAAAGGAAGUGACUCCAGCUCUCAGACAGUGGUGGUAUUUGAAACGUGAUUUAUACGACACCAUAUUAUUCUUUAAGCUUGGUAAGUUUUACGAACUGUACCACAUGGAUGCUGUUGUUGGUGUCAAAGAGUUGGGUCUUCUUUUCAUGAGGGGGAAAGCAGCUCAUUGUGGCUUCCCAGAAAUUGCUUUCUCGAGAUACUCAGACAUUCUGGUUCAACGUGGUUACAAAGUCGCAAGGGUUGAGCAAACAGAGACCCCACAAAUGAUGAACGAAAGAUGUGCCAAGAAAGCGGGGACACCAAAAGUUGUUGCCAGGGAACUAGUGGCAGUAACAUCAAAAGGCACAAAGACUUACAGUUACAUGGAGGGGCAAGCUGUCGAUUCAGAGUCUUCUUUUCUAUUUGCCUUCUGCGAAAAGAAUGAUGGUGGAUCGGAAAGUACAUUUGGUGUCUGCUUCUUGGAUACGUCAAUUGGGAAAUUUCACAUUGGCCAGUUUAAAGAUGACCGGCAGUCAUCAAGAUUCAGAACUUUGCUAUCUCAUUACCCCCCUGCCGAGGUCUUGUAUGAAAGGGGUGGCCUAAGCACCAAGACCCAAAGCAUUUUGCAACACGAACUGGUUUCCACUUUGAAAGAAGCGUUAGUUCCAGGGACAGAAUUUUGGGAUUCUGGAAAGACAUUAAAACAACUCGCUGAACAUAAUUGGUUCGAUGAUUCUUUGUCAAGCGAAAACUCAACCAAGUCUUGGCCGCCAGUUAUCAAGAAAAUGUUGUCAAAUGCUGACACUCUGGGGCUGACUGCAUCUGAUGAGUACAGUUUGGCAAUCAGUGCUCUUGGAGCUUGCACCUGGUACUUGAAAAAGUGCUUGAUCGAAGAAGAGUUGUUGUCAAUGGGCCAGUUUGAGGAAUACAUACCCGUGGACAAUCUUUCACCAUCGAGCGAAGUUAGUUCUUUCCCCGAAAAAAGACAGAAAUUGAUUCUUGAUGGAGUCACGCUUGCCAAUCUUGAUAUAGUUUGUAAUGGAGACGGGGGAAUAGAGGGAUCUUUGCUGGAACAGCUUGAUCACUGUAGCACACCGUUUGGAAAACGCUUGCUGAAGCAGUGGCUCUGCGCGCCACUUUGUCAUCCAGAUGGUAUCAAUGCCAGGCUUGAUGCGGUCGAAGAACUAAUGGGCAAAUCAAGUUUGAUGGAGAAAGCUGGUGAAAUCAUGCGGACAAUUCCAGACCUUGAAAGAAUCUUGAGAAGAAUUCAUGCGAUGGGGUCAUUAAAGAAAAGCAAAAUUCAUCCUGAAAGCAGACAAAUUCUUUUCAAUAAUGACGUCUACAACAAGCGAAAGAUUGGUGAUCUGCUUUCUGCUUUAGAGGGAUUGGAGAAGGCCAGCAAGGUUGUUGCAUUGUUUCAAUCAGAUGAUGAGCCACUGAAAUCCAGUCUGCUCCAGCAAAUCGUCAGCAAGCAAGAAGGGCGGUCAUCCAAAGGUUUCCCUGAUUUGUCCGAAUUUUUAGACUUUUUCAAAAAUGCAUUUGAUCACAACAAAGCAAAGAAGGAUGGCGUCAUCCUGCCAAAGAAAGGUGUACACGAAGAAUAUGACCGAGCACUGGAAGACAUCAACGCAGUCGAAAGAGAUCUGGAUGAUUAUUUAGAGAAGCAAAGGAAAAGACUUGGCUGUCGGGCAAUUACAUAUUGGGGAAAUGGUAAAUUCCGCUACCAGCUGGAAGUUCCUGAAAAAAAUUUGGCACGAAAUACCCCGGAUGAUUAUCAUUUGAAAUCGCAAAGAAAGGGAUACAAACGAUUUCGAACUGAUUACAUUGAAGAAAAGCUUUUGGAGCUUUGUGAUGCAGAAGAUAGGAGGGAUAGUGCUCUGAAGGAUACAAUGAGAAAUGUCUUCCAUAUUUUCGACGAAAAAUAUAAAUCGAUGGAAGGUGCUCUUCAGUGCAUAUCUGUGCUUGACUGCCUAAUGAGCCUAGCAAUAUAUAGUUCCAAUGCAGAUGGUGUUACCUGCCGGCCAGAAAUACUUCUGACGUCAACUCAUGAAGGCAACGAAAAUGUGACGCCUUUCAUCGAAAUCCGCAACUCUCGUCACCCCUGCAUUAGCCGUACUUUCACUGGUGACGACUUCAUACCAAACGACAUCAAUGUCGGAAAAAUGCAGGGAGACGAGGGCGAAGCUAACUCCGACAGCACUUGCCUUCUUGUAACUGGUCCGAACAUGGGUGGAAAAUCGACCUUGAUGCGUCAGACUGGUAUUAUUAUCAUAAUGGCACAACUAGGAUGCUACGUUCCGGCUGAGAUGUGCAGAUUCACACCAGUUGAUCGUGUAUUUACCAGGCUGGGAGCUCAUGAUCGUAUUCUACACGGCGAAAGCACGUUCUUUGUAGAACUUAGCGAAACAGCCACAAUCCUGCAACACAGCACAAGAAAUUCAUUGGUCCUCCUAGAUGAGCUUGGCCGUGGAACUGCAACAUUUGAUGGAACAGCAAUUGCAUCAGCUGUUGUUCGUGAAUUAGCACACAGCAUAAAAUGCAGAACACUUUUUUCGACACAUUAUCAUUCACUGGUCGACGAAUUUAGCGACGACCCGAGUAUCACCCUAGGCCAUAUGGCGUGCAUGGUUGAAAAUGAUGAUGAAAACAGUUCUGGCGAUCCAAGCACCGAAACAAUAACCUUUUUGUACAAGCUUGCCAGUGGACCAUGCCCUAAGAGUUAUGGUUUCAACGCGGCUCGACUUGCUGGAUUGCCAAUCGAGAUUAUAAAAUGUGCCUAUCUAAAAGCUCGGAUGCUAGAGGAUGUUACUAUGAAGUCUCGUAUUUUCAGGUCUGUUGUUUCGCAAAACCAUCAAAUCGAUGAAAAGCUGGUAGCUGAAAUUAGAAAGCACAUCGAAAGAGCAUGAAUAAAGAUUGUAAAGAUGGCGUUGGGGAAAGGGAAUGAAAGAUCAAUCUUUAUGUCCACUCGCAAAAUGUAAAAUAGGAUUGAACAUUGAAUUGAAUAUAAACAAAUGAAAUGUUAAUAUUUGUAGGCGACUUUAAAUAUAUAUGUCUAAUGUAGUCAUGGUAUUUUUUGUAGGAUUGUUGAAGCGUUUAGUUUUGUUCCGUGUUUUGUUAUCUUGCAAAAUGAGCAGGAUUAAAUUCUUGUUUUUAUGAAAUGAUAUUCUUGUUACAUCGUACGAGAUAGUCAGUAUAACAAGCCACGUGUGGUAUAUCUACCAAACUAAGGCAAACGAUCCUUUUACGACAAGCAAAGGUUUUGGAAACAUAAUAGCACACCCUUCCAAAUGAUGUGCGUGUGCUAUGAUGUAUGCAAAUAAGGGUGUGGCACUUACUUUACAGCCGUUCUCCAUACCUUGAUGUUUAAGCAAAAGCUCUGCCACUACAGCAUUUUCUGUUUUAUUUAGUUCAGGUUUAUAGAAAUAAAAAAGCAUCUCACCCUAACCAUUCCAUUAGCAGUUCUUAUAUUCCAAACUGUGCUUUUAACCGUAAAGGUUUCUGCAAACUUUUUCCCUCCAUAGGUGGGUCGAAAAUCCUAUGAGUGCUAGGUCCUGGGUUCUGACUAUAGCUGCCCUCUGCUCGUCGUGCAAGUCUCUCCAAACAAGAGCUGAUUUCUCGGGAAUACAAGGGCUUGAUACGUUUUUCACCCCUUCUGUUGAACAAAGGUAGUGAAAUCGUUGACUAUUGAUCUUGUUCUGUGGCAGUUUUCUACUCUUCAAAUAUGUUUUUUCAGACAAACAUCAUCCCCAUAUUGUUAGUGCACUCCUUCACUAGAAACGUUCUUUUUUACGUUUCAAACAAACAGAAGUUUUUGUAACAAGACAUUACAUUUAGAAAUUUAGACACAUUGACUUAAGGAAUAUCUGUUUUUCGAUGUUGUAUCCGUAUCUUGAGAGCCGUUGUUGUUUUAAGCUCUGAAA